AUUGGUCUCAGCUGAGCCCUUAACUGAAACACUACAGAUUAGUAAUAUAUGUAUUCUGGAAGAAGAGGGUUCAUUGGGAAAUGCUCUUCGUUCUAGGUCUGAGAAGAAUGGAAAAAGCAAUGAAGCAGGAAAUGUCUGCAGGAGAAGAACUGGAAGAAUGUUUAAUCAGACCAGGUGUACUCCAGUCUGAACAUUUACAGGAGCCACCUGGAUCGGGACCUUUGCUGAGUGUUGAAGGAAGGCUGCCUCAAGGGAUGCAAGAGAACUGGGAAGCCCAGUGGCAAGGUUUUCUGAAGACCCUGCAGCCCGUCCACACAGGAGAGGAACAUCCAGUGAUGGAGGAGAUGACGGCCCCGUGGGAUGAUGCCAAGGCCUUCCUGGCCUCCUUUGAGAAAGUGGCCAAAUCCUGCCGGUGGCCAAAGGAAGAGUGGGCCACCCAGCUCCUGCCAGCUCUCAGUGGAGAAGCAAAGAAGGCCUUCCAAGACUUGGAAGCCCAAGACAAAGAGGAUUAUGAGAAAGUGAAGGCUGCCAUCUUGCGAGGGGAUGCCCUGGGGAUGGAGGGGAGACGCCAGCACUUCAGGGACUUCUCCUGCCAGGAGGUGGAAGACCCCCGGAGGCUUCACAGCCACGUCCAAGAGCUUUGCCACCGGUGGCUGAGGCCGGAGAGACGCAGCAAGGAGCAGAUCCUGGAGCUGCUGAUCCUGGAGCAGUUCCUGGCCAGCCUUCCCCCGGACCUCCGGGGCUGGAUCCGGGCAGGAGGGCCCAACACGUGUUCCCAGGCCGUGGCCCUGGCGGAGGACUUCCUCGUGAGCCAGAAAGCCUCUGUGGAAGAGAUGUGGCAGGAACCAUUGAAAGAGGAAAGCACGGAUUUCCUGGAGACAGAGGAGUCCUUGAACGUUGCAAACGAAGAGAUCUACGAGGAAGCCAAGCCAAGCUGCGAUGGAGGGAUCCCUGUGCCAGGCAGGGGAACAAAAGGCCCCAGUUGCACAAGUUCAUCGCUCUCUCCUGAAAGACAAGAAAUCAUCCAUUCUGGUGUAAAAACGGAACUGGUGGAGCUCAAGGAAGCCAGCCACUUGUUGCAAAGAGUGAAACAGAAUCUACCUCAGCCUGGCCAUCAACCUAUAAUCUGGCAAGUCCUGCAGGAGGAUGAGGAGAAUGUCAGUCCUCAAGGUUACAUGAAGGGAAGGGAAGUCAAAAUGGCGAAUUCUCAGCAUGAGGGAACCGAACCAAAGGAUACCACCAUGAGCCAGGGGCCUCUGCUAGAGGCUGAUGAAACGUUUGAUGAAGGAUGUGAGCCCACAAUGGAACUGGAGAAGAGUGAGAACAAACAUAAGGAGCUCUCAAAAGGCCUUAAAGCUGUGAUUCAUCAAUCUUUGGAAGUCCAUACUGUGGGCGAAAUGCCCAUGUUGAGCAAGAACGAUAGAAAAUAUCACCACAAAUUAGCAUUUGAUGGGCUACAUGCCCAGCAGGGUCAUCAAGAAUGUCCCGGAAUGUCAGAGGAACAUUUCCAGAAAAAUCUGUACUCUGAUAAAGAUCAGAGAAUGGGUAAAGGAGAAAAUAAAUCCGAAUUGGCAACGGAUGGGAAAGGGCAUAUUUUGAAGAGAUUGCUGAGCAACCGCAAAAAUGAGACGCCUAAUAAUCCUUCCAGCUUCAAGUAUAUGAAAUCGUCGAAGAAAAAUCAAGGUGUUGAAUGUGAAGGGGGACCGUAUGGAUGUUCUCACUGUAGGAAGUGCUUCCUGGACAAAGGAGAGCUGGCCGAUCAUCAUCAGCUCCACGCUGAGUCAAAAAGUCAGCAUCAGCCCGAGCUUGGUCAAGGGGAGCCUUUUAGAGAAACAUUAACCAGAGGUCAGGAAACAGAUACUCCGGGGAUGCCAUAUGUGUGCUGCCAGUGUGGGAAAUCCUUUAAUCAGAGAAGAAAUUUGGAAAACCAUCAGAGGACUCAUACAGGAGUGAAACCCUAUGUGUGUUCCCAGUGCAGGAAAUGCUUCAAUCAGAGAAGGUAUUUGAAAAUCCAUCAGAGAAUUCAUACUGGGGAGAAACCUUAUAAAUGUUCUGAGUGUGGAAAAAGGUUCGUUCGGGGCCAGUGUCUGAGAAACCAUCAGAGAACUCACACCGGAGACAAACCGUACGCGUGUUCGCAGUGCGGGAAGUGUUUCAAUCAGAAGAGGUAUUUGAAGAACCAUCUGAGAAUACAUAUGGGAUUGAAGCCGUACAAAUGUUCCCAUUGUGGAAAAAACUUCAGCCAGAGUGGAGCCUUGAUAAAUCAUCAGAAAAUUCAUAUGGAGAGGAACCAUACGGAUGUUCUGGGUGUGGAAAGUGCUUUGAACUGAUAAUGCAAUUUGGAGAAGCAGCGGUCAGCUUAUUCUGCUUAUGUAGUGGUCCAUAUUAUGGGAGAGUUUCAGUGAGAGUGGUUAUCA